CACGGGAUGUUCAGGCCAAACCACACGACCCCUGAUUCAUGGUCAGGCGUCUCACGCCAUACUGACCUACUGUGUAUGUGGAUCACAAUCAGAUGCAAACAGAGUCAUGUCAAAACUAUCUGUGGAAUCAGUUUUCAUAACUGGAACCAGCAAGGGGGUCGGUCUUGGCCUUGUGAAGGGCUUUCUGGAACUUCCCAACCCGCCAAAAUACGUGUUUGCGUCCUGCAUCGACCCUGACAACGACGAGGCCACAGAGUUGAGAGAUGUGGCUUCACAGAAUCCUAGCGUCACGUUGGUGAAGCUGGAUGUGCGAUCUGACGCUGAAAUCGCCAACGCCGUGACGACAGUGCAACGUGUCCUGGGACAGAGAGGGUUAAAUCUGCUUAUUAACAACGCAGCCAUCAACUCUCAGGUGUAUGGACUUGAGUCAUUGACAAGGGAUGAUAUCAUGAGUCACUGUGACUGCAACGUGGCAGGUCCGCUUCUCGUAUCACAAGCAAUGCUUCCCUUGUUGAGAAAAGCAUCCAAACAAAACGAAACGCAUCCUCUGGGAUGUAACAGGGCAGCCAUUGUCAACGUGUCAACAGGCCUCAUCAAGCCCCAGUUCUGGGCAUCAGAAGAACGUCGUUAUUCCUACGCCCUGACCAAAACAGCCACAGCCAUUGCAACCGUCAUGAUGUCCAGGGAACUGUCACCCGAUGGCAUCCUCGUGGCGGGCAUGUGUCCUGGGUGGGUGAAGACUGAUAUGGGGGGACCUGAGGCUUGCACCACGGUAGAGGAAAGUGCGAAAUCAUGUUUGGAUAGACUGGGUAUAUUAGGUGUUGAACACUGUGGUAUAAUUCUUCUAGAGAGUAAUGCCUUUACCAUGUAAUUUGUCA